CCACCGUCCAAAAUAUGCACCACAAUUACAGCUGCCCAUUUUCAUGUCUGUCACACGAAAAGUCAAAACAUUCAGUGGCCAAACAAAACGAUGGAUGCCGUAGAAACAAAGCCACAAAUCACUAACAUUCCAGAAACUAAAAUUCAACCAGUAGAAAUUGAGAUACUGCCCGUUGUCUACGAUAUAAUCCGAAGCGUCGAAAAGGAUCCGAUAGAUAACACAGCAAAGCAAAAGGAGAGUGCCGAGUGCAGUCAGAAGGUCCUUGAACUUCAGCGGACACUCGAGGCCGCUCGAUCAACCAUUCGGAAACUGCACGGUAUCGAGUACAGCAAAGAGGAACAACUGCGAAGGCUCGAAAGCCUGCGGAAGCAGCUAGCACUGAAGCAGCAACUUAUCAAGAAGUAUAAAAACGUUCAGUUCUAAAAUUGUUCACUAGCGGCCACAUAGAAACAGCUUGCAAAAAUGGUGCUGCAAAUCAUUCUUCGCUAUCUGGCAAACAACGAGCAACUCAUCCAACGUUUGGCCGAUUCCUACCCAUUAC